AUGAGUUCACUGAGCUACGCUCCUCCUGAUAAAGAAGAUGCGGUCUGCUGGACGGAGGAAGAGGGUCUGUGGCUGGACAUUGUCGUGAAAGAGGAGAAAGAAGAGGAGGAUGUCACCGUUAAAAAACAAGUAGAGGUUGAGUCUGUUUCGGUUAAAGAGGAUGUUACAGUGAAAGAGGAGGAGGAUGUUACAGUGAAAGAAGAGGAGGAAGAGCAAGAUGCGAAUGCAGGAGAGGAGGGGGAGAUGACUGUCACAUUGAAAGAAGACGACGAGGAGGAGACAGAAGAUCUGAUUAAGACCAGGGAGGGACCAGACUCCCACUCUGACAGCGGAAAGAGUCCUUCAGGGGAACCAGACCCAGAGACGCCCAAACCAGGGAGACAACACCACUGCUCCCAAUGUGAAAAGAGAUUUUCCCAAUCAGGGGACCUAAAACGACAUGAGAGGAUACACACAGGGGAGAAGCCUUUCCAAUGUUCCCAGUGUGGAAAGUGUUUUAACCGCUUAAGCAACCUGAAGGCGCAUGAGAGGAUACACACACAUUAUUUCCAAUGUUCCCAGUGUGGGAAGCGUUUUGCCUGCUUAAGCAGGCUGAAGAGGCAUGAGAGGAUACACACAGGGGGAAAUCCUUUCCAAUGUUCCCAGUGUGGAAAGCGUUUUACCCACUUAAGGAGCCUGACGACGCAUGAGAGGACACACACAAGGGAAAAUCCUUUCCAAUGUUCCCAGUGUGGAAAGCAUUUUACCCGCUUAAAGUGCCUGACGACGCAUGAGAGGACACACACAGGGGAAAAGCCUUUCCAAUGUUCCCAAUGUGGGAAGCGUUUUACCCGCUUAAGGAGCCUGGAGGAGCAUGAGAGGAUACACACAGGGGAAAAUCCUUUCCAAUGUUCCCAGUGUGGAAAGCAUUUUACCCGCUUAAGGAGCCUGGAGGAGCAUGAGAGGACACACACAGGGGAAAAGCCUUUCCAAUGUUCCCAGUGUGGGAAGCGUUUUACCCGCUUAAGUAGCCUGAAGAAGCAUGAAAAGAUACACACAGGGGAAAAGCCCUACCAAUGCUCCCUGUGUGGAAAGAGUUUUACCAACUUAAGACAUCUGAAUAAGCAUGCAUCUACCAGUGCUCUCAUUUUCCCAGUCAGAGGACCUGAAAACACAUGAGAGAAUAGAGAGGCUGUGUUCUGACUUGUGUUAUUGACCUGAGAAUUUAGGUUUUUGUUUAUGCCAAAUGAAAUCAUAUUGUUAACAUGAAAUCAUUAACAAAAUAGACCUACUCUUUUAGAGUUUUCAUCUGGAGAUGAUAAAUACUACCAUUCAUCCAUUGCAUACGAGUAUAAACCCUCUAAUAUUGUUCAUUAUGUUUUGGGGAUAUUGCUAAAUGUUCAUUAUUAUAUAGAUGAAUGGAGUUUUGGAUUUCAAUGUUUUUUUUUCACCUUUAUUUAACUAGGCAAGUUAAGAACAAAUUCUUAUUUACAAUGACGGCCUUGGAACUGCCUGUUCAGGGGCAGAACGACAGAUGGCGGGUUUGAACUUGCAACCUUCCGGUUACUAGUCCAACGCUCUAACCACUAGGCUACCCUGCCGCCCCACAUUGAAACCUCUUGAAUUGAGUCGUUUUGUUUCAUUGUUUACUAGUCGUCAAGCUAAAGGACGAUGAAAAUGUGGUGGCGUUUUUAUAACAACAUUGAUAAGUUGUUGACCUGAAAAACAUGAAUGUUCCCACCAAUUCCACUAUGUAGAAUCAGUAUAGAGUUGUUUAUUUUGAUAUUAUCUGUUGACUGAA